AAAGCCAUUGUUCAGUUUAUGCACAUUUAAAAUAGGUGUUGUAUGACGAUUAUUUCAUCUCUCAUUUAGAAGAAAAGGUGUAGCAUAUUUAAUGAGUCGCGCCACCGCGAAUCAGUUCAGUUAGGAAUCAAGCCAGCGUUCGCGAAUCAGUUCAGUUCAGUUCAAGUCAACCGAAUGAUAAAAACGAAAGUGAAUCAGUUCAGGAAUGGCGAUGUGAAAGCGGAGGUCCUACAAUCUCAUCUUUAACGGCGUAAAACAGUAAACUAUCCACUCGCUCUGUAGCCCCUUCACUUUGUGAACUGCAGAAGGGUGUAUGAUAAUCUGGAUUGACAGCGGAUGGUUUUUAAUAACGCUUAUAGACGGUGCCGAAGUCUCGCUCGCGACGAUCCUUGCAAGUGCGUCAAUGAGAAACAACCACACAUGUGCAAGAGUCGUAUGAAGCAGUAUCAUAAUUAUUCAGCAACAUCCAGUACCGGCUGAAAUUCCUGCCCUUCUCAUCGCGGGAGGAUUCAUUGUGCACCAACGGCCCUGAGACUGUAGCUAAAAGACCAGCUUCAUUCAACCUCCUGUGUUAAUAUACAUACUGAGACGAUUGGCACCGUAACAGUUACCAGUGCAACCCAGUUCUUCAUAACAUUUUAUGGUCCUUCGAGCCGGAGGCACAACCGUCUCAGUAACGAUGUCCAAACCAGGAGAGAAAAUGUUAGAUAGUGACGUAGUUCGCCCACGUAGAAUUACUAGACCGCCUUCAUAUCUUCAAGAUUAUGAGUUUGGUUUAGCUCAGACACAGCAUACAUUCGCAAACGAGCAUGCUAGUGCAGUAAGAAAUACUGAUGUUAUCUCUUUCAUCCACGAAAUGAGAGAAGAGAGCAAGCAGCUGAGGCAAGAUGUGCAACGAAUUUCAGAAAUAAUCACUAAUUUACCUGUGUUAGAUACACCACAGGUUUCGCCAUCCUUACAGCCAUCUCCUGAUGCGGAGUUUGACAGAUCUGCUAUUCCAAUGGCUGCUAGGAGGAUGUCUUCCCCUCAUUAUGAGCAAAGUUCUGAUCAACCCGAACUGCCCCCACCAGUGCCUCCAAGAGAUGAGUCACUGCAUGUGUAUAACGAUAGCCGACAAGACCUCAUUGAAGAUCUCAUACAUCGUCUAAAGGAAACAGGACGACUGAGUGGUGCUCCAAUACAUUCAGGUCAGGCAACACCUCAAUAUGCGGAGCCCCCCAUGGUAGAGAGGAAACUUAUGCCAUAUGCAAUUGAUCGUCAUAAUCAGUCUACUCCAUCUAAUCGGCUAUAUGAUGAAUCUAACCCAUUACCCAAUCACUUUCGUCAACCCCCUCGAGAUCCAUGUCAUCCUCCUGCUGACCCAUAUAAAUAUAAUUCGCAUUCAGAGUACAAGCCUGCCAGAAAUCUUAGUGAUCCACGUUAUGGGCAUUUAACUCAAACGUCCCACAAACCAGUCAUGCUUGAACAUUCUGGUCCUUAUUUUCAACGAGAACGGAGAAAUAAUCACUAUCCUGAUAAUGAACGAUUCUAUUCAACUGAUAUGCCAUAUCCAACCUUGCACCAAGAGCCUAAUCUUCCUUACCAGUCUAUGUCAGUCCAGUAUCGUGGGCCUACACCCACCAUCCCAGAUUUUAUACAUGAUGAUCCGCGAGAGUUUAAUCGACUUAAACUUGCUUUAGACAACGUUUUGCCUGAAGACGCAUCUGAAUCAUUCAAGUUUCAAAUACUCAUGGAUCAUUUGAAAUUAGAAGAUGCCUUGCUCAUUGCAGAUUCUUACAGUCAUGGUCCUUCUCCCUUUAGUGACACUAUGCGAGCACUUAUAGACAUGUAUGGGCAACCACACCAGCUGGCGCUGCAGCGAAUAUCCAGUUUGAUGGAUGGGCCCAAUAUCAGAAGUGGAGAUGUCAGAGCCUUCAAAGGAUUUGCUCUUCGUGUUCGUGCUUUAGUAGGGAUGUUGAAUCAGUUGGGUAGUCCAGGAUGGACCGAGCUGAAAUGCGGUUCUCAUGUAUCACGCCUCUUAACAAAGUUGCCUUAUGAUCUGAGAGCCAACUUUAAGAGAUUUAUCAACCCACUGCAGACUCCCAUCCCUACACUGCUUGAUUUAGCUGACUGGCUUGAAUAUGAGGUACGUGUGCAGGUAGAGGGAACACGAUACACUACCUUUCUUGAUCGAGAGAAGUUUGGUCUACACAAGGAUAAGAGGCCAGGAUUUCCUGCUCGAAAGCCAACUACUAUCCUACAUGGCAGAGACCAGAAGGAAGUAUUUACAGGAAACUUUGGUACAGGGUCAGUACCUUCAGGAAAAACACAGGAGAAUCCCAAGAAGUAUUGUCCCUUUUGUGAUACCAUCAAUCAUUAUAUGAAUCAGUGCUCAAACUUUAAGCUCCUGACUAAGCAACAGGUCGAGAAUUGGAUUAAAAUGGGUCACCGAUGCUGGAGAUGUGGCCGAAGUCAUCCAACCUCAAAGUGUACUCUAAAGGCGAAAUGUAAACAAUGCGAAAGGAGACAUCUUGAAGUGCUGCAUGAUGUUAAUACCAACUCUGAUCCAAGCAGGACAUGCAACAUCAGAGAGUCACAUAGUAGCACAGAUCCAGUAAGUUCUACUUCUCAGACCUUGUAUCUGGACCGGCCCACAAGCGGAAAGCAAGUGCUACUUAAAUUGAGUCGGGUUGUGAUUCGUAAUGGGGACAGGUCACUAGAGACCUAUGCGGUGCUGGAUGAUGGAUCAGAGCGAACGAUUCUAUUGCAUGAGGCUGCUCAGCGUUUAGGCCUUCAAGGAACAAUUGAGGACUUAGCGCUUCGUACAGUGAGACAGGAGGUACACACCAUUCGUGGAAAUUCAGUGUCCUUCACAAUCGCUCCUGCUUCACAACCUGACAGAUCAUUUCAAGUUUUUGGAGCCUUUACUGCGAAAGGGUUGGGGUUAGUCAAACAUACUUAUCCCAUCACUGAAUUGCAGCAGAAACAUGGCUAUCUCAGAGAUCUGCCUCUACAUGCAAUCAAUCAGGCACAGCCAUUAGUGCUUAUUGGUUCUGACUACCCACAUCUGAUAACACCCGUGGAACCUGUGAUAUUGGGGUCUAAAGGAGGACCGGCAGCAGUACAUACGAGACUUGGAUGGACAUUGCAAGGUCCAUCAAGGAUCCUUUGUUCUCAGCUCCAACCACAGGAAUGUUUCUUUGUUUCUUGUGCAAAACCAGACUCAGAACUAUUCAACCAAGUGGAGAACUUGUGGAAACUGGAUAUUCUGCCCUAUCGCUCUGAUAAGGUUGUGACACGCUCACGUCAAGAUGCUGAGGCCAUUCGGAUUCUGGAGGAAAAAACAGUCAGAAUUAAUGUGGAGGGAGUCAAAAGAUACGCAACCCCACUACUCUGGAAAGAGUCACUCCCACCAUUGAAUGCACCCAAAGUACCUCUGCUACGUAGUGCAGAAAAACGACUGUCUAAAGAGCCCAAAUUGACCGAUAUCUAUAAUGCUGAAAUCCAAAAGUUACAGCAAGCAGGAUACAUCACUUUACCAACAACAGAGGAGUGUGGUUUGAGCUCUCAUUCAUGGUAUAUACCUCAUCAUAUCGUCCAUCACAAUGGAAAGAACCGCAUAGUAUUUAACUGCUCCUUUGAAUACCAAGGUCAAUCACUGAAUGAGAACCUACUACCUGGGCCUACUCUUGGGCCAAGUUUGUUGGGAGUACUACUUCGCUUCCGGGAGCAUCCAAUUGCUGUUUGUAGUGAUGUGAGAGGCAUGUUUCAUCAAGUUCGCCUCCUUGAUGAAGACAAACCCUUUCUCAAAUUCCUAUGGCGUGAUGGCAUUACGUCUGAGCCUCCAACCAUCUAUCAAUGGGCAGUCUUACCUUUCGGAACCACCUGCAGUCCCUGCUGUGCUGUUUUCGCCCUUCAGUCACAUGCAGGAAUCCUUGAGUCCACAGAUGAUGUGCGGCAAACUGUUGAACGUAAUUUCUACGUAGACAACUGUCUUAAAAGCAUCUCAGAUGUGGAACAGGCCAAGCAGCUAGUAAACAGAUUACAAAAUCAUCUAUCGGAGGGUGGUUUCGAGUUGCGACAAUGGGCCAGUAAUGAUCCUACGGUCAUUGACCAUUUUCCAUCUGAGCUGAAGUCAAAGGGCAGCGAGAUCUGGCUCAGCCAAGGUACAACUAACCCUCUGGAACGAACCCUUGGACUGAUAUGGAACUGCCAAUCUGAUACCUUAGCAUACAAACCAUUCCAAGAGGAUAAAGGAGAAAUCACCAUGCGCAAGAUUUACCGCACACUUGCAAAGCAAUACGACCCCUUAGGGUAUCUGAUUCCCUUCACUACAAGGGCAGAGAUCAUUGUACAAUUGCUCUGGAACAAGAAAAGAGGCUGGGAUGACCCCUGUCUGCCAGCUGAUCUGCUAGCUGCAUGGGAAGAAUGGGAAAAUGAGCUUCCCCAUUUAGCUCAGAUCACCUUACCACGGUGCUACAGUGGUAUUGUUCAGCAGCCAAUCAAACAUCGCAGUGUUCACAUUUUCUGCGAUGCUUCAGAGAGAGCCUAUGGCUCAGUAGCAUACUUGAGUACUGAAGAUGAUCAGCACAACACACAGAUAGCUUUCCUAGCAGCAAGAUCCAGAGUGGCUCCGAAGAGACAACUCUCCAUUGCACGCUUAGAGCUAUGUGGGGCUCUGACGGGAGCACAGCUAGGUGCCGUCUUGAAGAGAGAACUGACGCUAGAGAUCCACCACUUUGUAUAUUGGACUGACUCUACCACAGUUCUAGCUUGGCUGCAGUCUGAUUCUUGCAGGUACAAGGUGUUUGUGGGAGUCAGAGUUAGCGAAAUACAAGAGUUGUCUGACCCAGGAUCCUGGCAUUAUGUCGAUUCAUCGACUAAUCCUGCUGAUGAUAUUACUCGUGGUCUGACGUUGACACAAUUGACCCAAGACAAUCGCUGGAGGCAAGGUCCAGCCUUCUUGACACAACCAAAAUGUAACUGGCCAAAGGUUCCUGAACGUCAAACCCCUGAUGAAGACUCUGAGCUUAGGAAACUCACCUUCUGUGGGACACUUAAUGAAACACCAGUUAUUCCAGAUGUUCAGCAAUUCAGUAGUUAUCAAGAGCUACUAGACAACACAGUGAAAUCCCUUCAUGGGGCGGCUGAAAAGGGACAACCACCAAAUGCAAAUGACUAUCACGAUGCAGAACUGACUCUCCUGAGACAUUGUCAGAUGCAUGAUUUCCCAAAAGAGUUUGCAUUGCUCAAGGAAGGAAAGCCUGUACCAAACAGUAGUCAACUGUCAGGACUUGCACCUGAAUAUGACCAAGACUCCAAUCUGAUCAGAGUGGGCGGCAGACUUAGAAGAUGUGAGAGCCUCACCAAAGAUAUUUUACAUCCUGUCGUUUUAAAUCCCACUAAUCCAGUAGUUACUCUUCUUAUUAAGCAUUAUGAUGCAAAAUUACUCCAUUCCGGACCUGGAAGAGUGUACGCUGAGCUACGACGGAAAUUUUGGAUCCUAAGAGGGAGAGAGGCAGUGAAAAAGCAUCAGCGCUGCUGCCCAGAAUGCCAAAAGUGGAGAGGCCGACCAGUUAUUCCGAAGAUGUCAGAUAUUCCACCUUCCAGUCUUAGGUUGUUUAAACCUCCCUUUUACUCCACUGGUGUUGAUUGUUUUGGCCCCCUUAUGAUAAAGAUAGGCCGACGAACAGAGAAGAGGUGGGGUAUAGUGUAUAAGUGCCUUACCACUAGAGCAGUCAGUCUUGACCUUCUGGACCAUAUGGACACUGAUUCAUUUCUGUUGUCUCUGAGACGCUUUACUGCACGUCGGGGAAGACCUUAUGAGCUUUUAUCCGACCAAGGAACUAAUUUCCGAGGAGGAAAUACGGAAUUGGAGGAAGCUUUCAAGGAGAUGCAACCACUACUGAGAGACCAACUGGCUAAAGAACAAAUCAGAUUUCGCUUUAAUCCUCCCAGUGCACCACACUUUGGUGGAUCUUGGGAGAGAGAAGUGCGGUCUGUGAAGACAGCACUGCGGACCACCUUGGGUGCUCAAAUAGUAACUGAAGAAGUCUUGAGGACUGUCUUAGUGGAGGUCGAAGGUAUCUUAAAUUCGAGACCACUCGGUUACGUGUCUAGUGAUGUCGCGGAUCCAGACCCUGUGACGCCAAAUUCAUUGCUCAUGGGGCGGCCUGACUCCUCCCUACCUCAGGUAGUCUAUCCUGAGUCGGAUCUGCUCAGUCGAAAGAGAUGGAGGCACAGCCAAAUUCUCAGUGACCACUUUUGGAAACAUUUUGUGCAUGACUUCCUGCCUACAUUACAAGCGCGUCAGAAGUGGAAACAAGAAAGAGAUAACAUCACAGUUGGAACUGUAGUCCUCAUAGCUGACGAGCAAUUACCCAGAGCACUUUGGCGUGUUGGUACUGUUUCAUCAAUCAUUCCUAGCCCUGAUGGUAGAGUUAGAACAGCUGUCAUUAAGGUCAAGGAACACACCUACACUCGACCAGUUGCCAAAUUAAUCAGACUACCCGCUUUACCACAAGAUACAGAUGUCAUACAGUAAAUAUGCUGUUAGCAAAUUUGACUACCAAAUUUGGGGGCGGCUGUAAAAAAGCCAUUGUUCAGUUUAUGCACAUUUAAAAUAGGUGUUGUAUGACGAUUAUUUCAUCUCUCAUUUAGAAGAAAAGGUGUAGCAUAUUUAAUGAGUCGCGCCACCGCGAAUCAGUUCAGUUAGGAAUCAAGCCAGCGUUCGCGAAUCAGUUCAGUUCAGUUCAAGUCAACCGAAUGAUAAAAACGAAAGUGAAUCAGUUCAGGAAUGGCGAUGUGAAAGCGGAGGUCCUACAAUCUCAUCUUUAACGGCGUAAAACAGUAAACUAUCCACUCGCUCUGUAGCCCCUUCACUUUGUGAACUGCAGAAGGGUGUAUGAUAAUCUGGAUUGACAGCGGAUGGUUUUUAAUAACGCUUAUAGACGGUGCCGAAGUCUCGCUCGCGACGAUCCUUGCAAGUGCGUCAAUGAGAAACAACCACACAUGUGCAAGAGUCGUAUGAAGCAGUAUCAUAAUUAUUCAGCAACAUCCAGUACCGGCUGAAAUUCCUGCCCUUCUCAUCGCGGGAGGAUUCAUUGUGCACCAACGGCCCUGAGACUGUAGCUAAAAGACCAGCUUCAUUCAACCUCCUGUGUUAAUAUACAUACUGAGACGAUUGGCACCGUAACAGUUACCAGUGCAACCCAGUUCUUCAUAACACACGGUAUACCUUGAAAACAGUUAUCAUUCCAUGCCUGGGUGUAAUGUGCUCCAGUUUUCUGGUUCUGUUCAGAAUCCUGGCCACAGUGUUCUGGAUGAGUUGCAAUUGUCUGACUGUCUUUUUGGGAAAGUUAGUGAGGAGUCUUUUACAGUAAUCUAUCCUGCUGCUGAUAAAAGCAUGGACAAGUCCUCUCUGAAAACAAAGCAUAUAAUUCUUGUAAUAUUUUUGAGAUGAUAGUAUGCUGAUUUACUUACUGCUUUAACAU